UCCUCAGACUGUUCUUUGACUCCCCCUGAACACACACACACAUUGUUAGAGUGUACGCAACACACAUACAUAUACUCAUGCACAAACAAACUAGCAAUCAAGUGUACAAACAAACUACUCACUUCUUACUUCUGACCUGGGGUUUUGCUAACACACAUACACACAGGUACACACACAUACACACACAUACAUACACAUACAAUGGAUCAAGAGAAGAAUGAACACACAGACUCACACACACACACAGACUGAGUGGAAUGUAAGUUCAUUGUGAGGCUCUGGGGGAAAUAGCAUUAGAAAUGAAGAGUAACAGACUGGUCAUCAUCAGAGACAUCUGGAGAACACUUCUGCUGUAUUAUCUUCUGUCACCUAGCAGUCAUCUCACUGAAUCAGCCAGUGAGUGUGAGGGUGGGCAGGAUGUGUUUGCUGCUGUCAGAGAGAACAGUCCGAAAGGCGAAUUCAUCGCCAAUCUCACCAUCACUGGAGACCCUUCAGCCAAUCAUAUAAGCCUGAGCCUUGCCGGAGUUGAUGCGGAUUGGUUUGUCUUGGAGGGGAAAACCGUUAGGCUGAACUCCAACCUUUCACAAGUUCUGGAUCGAGAGGUGCAUGGCUCUGUUCUAAUGGCCACUGUGAGCUGUUAUGAGGAUGGAGCCCUUCAGCGUGAGCAUAGAAUCACAGUGGAGAUUCUCGACAAUAAUGACAAUAAACCAGAGUUUCUACAGAGCACCAUCCAGCCUAUAGAGAUCAGUGAGCUGACUGCAAUGAAUUCCACUGUAUUGAUGGUUGAGGCAAAAGAUGCAGAUGGAGACACACUCAUUUUUGGAAUUGAUGAGACAUCACCUGAUGCUAGCUAUUUCAGAAUGGACCUUCCCAACAGUGGUCAAGUAAUUCUGAACAGGACUCUGGAUUAUGAAACAAAAACUCAGCUCCAGCUAACUCUCUACGCUAUGGAGAUGAACACCAUAGAGCACUACAACACCACGGCCACAAUAACAAUAAACGUGACUGACGGAGACGACCAGUACCCACAGUUCCAGCCCUGCACACUCCUCUCCAUCAGUCAGGGCAGUCCUAUUUGUGCCAACCCCCUGUACACAGUCAACAUUACUGAACAGGACGAGGAUAUUGUGUUGGAUUUUUCUCCUGGUCCAGUUAAUGCAGUGGACGGGGAUGAAGGGUUGAGAACACCUCUCACUUAUGCCAUUCUGUCAGGAGCUGAUAAUGGGCGCUUUGUGAUUCACAGCGAGUCAGGUGAGGUCAGGCUUACCAGGCGGGUUGAGAACAGAUUGCUGACACCCACACUUAGACUGCGCAUUAUGGCUGCUCAGAGUGAUGAUCCUAUGAAGUACUCAGUUGCGACGGCUCUGGUGCGGGUUCUGGCAGAGAACCGGUUCCCCCCUCAGUUCAGCCGCUCUGCCUACCGAGGUUUCGUCAGCGAGAGUACCAGUCCUGCUUCACUCGUCAACACCUACGGAAACGAGCUGCUCGUGCUGGAGGCAACGGACCAAGACUUUACAGAUGGCUUUAACCCAAAGCUGCAGUAUUCUCUGAGCUCCGACUCCAACAGCUCCCAUUUCUACUACAUUACCCAAGAAGGACUUCUCAUCGCCAAGGCCAAUCAGCUGCAGCCAAACCACAAACACUCUCUGGAGGUUCUGGCUACAGACCAGGAGUCUGGAGAUGUUGUCAGAGCUUUGAUUGACAUUGACGUUUUACAGAAAGGAGUGCCAGUUCCACAGGGUCCACUAGAGGAGGGUCAGCCCCAGGGCAGAGGGACUGUGGGCAGGACAGGGGGCGUGGUUGGCCUCUGUCUGAUCCUGCUGGCGAUUGCCCUGUUCGUCCUGGUCUACUUCAUAAAAAGAAAGAGAGAGAGACAGGACCCUGCCAACCGUGCCAGUGUAGCAGAGGGCAAACACCCCAACGUGAGUCUAAGAUGGUUUCAGCUGGUGAACCAUGGUCGAUCGCAUCCACUGGUGGAGGAAGUCUUCUAUCACAAUGAAGCAUUCAGUGGGUUCGAUGCCUCCACCUCCACCCUGCAUGGUCAACAGGGCUCAUACACCAAAACUGAGCCAGACUCUGGUGCAGCACCCCAACAAAAGGUCAAUACCACACCAGAUGCUUCUACACCCACAGAAGAUGUCUUUCCAACUGUGAAGACCAAUGGGAAGCCAUUGGAGAAAACAAUCACCAAAUCAGUCUCAUUUCAGGAUUUUGUGGAGGUCAGGGAGUGUGAAUCUCAUGGGGAUGACGACAGAGAUAGAAGUGACAGCACAGGUUUGGAAGACAUUAGUAUUGAUCUAAGUGGAAUAAGUUCAAUUCCAGACGAAUUAGAGAGCAUCAGUGUUGGAUCAGAGCAAACGAACACUGAAUCAAUGAGAGAUUUCGAGAUUUUGAAUGCAGACCGGGAUAUGGCCAGAGAAGCACAGGAGAAAGCAGGCCAAAAUAUCGGAAACCAAGACGUGUCAGAGCUGUUAGGUGUAAAAACGGCUAUUCUACAAGAAGACAAGGCGGACGACACAGCAUAUAAAGAUGCAAAUAAAGCAGAAACCUCAAAAAGCUUAGACCUGUCUACAUCACAGUCAGAUUCCGUUAGACCCGUUAUGGUCAACCCAGAUGUCUCAGAAAAAGAAGCAGAAAUACCAGAUGCGAAACUUUCCAGCAGCGGAGGUCCUACCACCAGUGCACCUCAGAUAACCAAUAAAAAUCUUGAAUCUUCUGGGACUGGAAGUGGUCUCCAAACAAGGGAGACUGAGACAGAAGAAGGGAACGCAGACAUAAAAAUAAUAGUGACAUUAACAGACUCAGACGAUGCAAACUCUGACUCAGCAACUGAAGACACAGGAGAACAAGUGCUGAACAUACGAGAUGCAGCACCUGACUCACCACAGCUUCGUGGAACAAGAGCAGAAGAGACAAAAGCCUCAAACAAAGAUCCCAACAUGCAAACUGACAGCGAAGACAUUGCAACAAGCCUAGACAAUAUGAAUCAAGAUGGAAGCAACCCACCACCUCAGCUCAACCCAGAUCUAAACAAGCCAGCAACAAACCAUGCAGAUCUGAGCCAUCUAGUAGCACACAAUUCAGACACAAACAUUCAAACAUGAUAAAGUUAUGCAGUAUUUAUAAAACAGACCUAUCAAGAUACAAGCCGUACGGCCAUGUCACACCACGGUGAUCAAGCAAAUUUAGAACUGCUAUAGAGGCAUGGUGAUUAUUGUACGGAUGUUGCAGCUGAAGAUACUGAAGGUGUCAGUGUUUUGGUAAAAGGUGUAGUCUUACCUGAUCUUGUGUAGGGUUGCAAUGGUAACUGGUUUCACUGUAUACCAUAGUAUGAAAAUGCACAAUUAUCAUACGGUAUUGGUGAAAAAAAAGGCAAGAAGAGACAAAAGAGAAUCUUAAGUACGCAAAUGAAGAUUUUUUUUCACUUCCUCUGCCCCUCAGUUUUAGCAACUUGUGUCAGACUCAAAAACACAGAGAGGAGAAAUAUACUCAAACACACACAGCAGAGAAAUAGGCAGAGACAAGUAAAACUGAUUUUCUUUC